AUGGUAGGGUUUUGCAAGAUGACAGAAGAGAUAUUGAUGCAAAUCCUAUCAAGAACGCCUCCUAAAUCUCUAAUGCGAUUCAAGUGUAUCCACAAGUCAUGGUAUUCUAUGAUUAAUGAUACGCAAUUUGCAGCCAAACAUCUUCACUCUUACAACAAUCCAUCUUCCUCUACUUCCUUCCUCGUCAAGCGUCCUGUGAUCCUCAGAAGUGAAACGAGCAAUGAGAACGUUGUACUUUCAUAUCUUCGUCUAGAAACUUAUAGUAAUGCUGAUGAUGAAGACCCUCAUUUCGUAGUUGAAGACCUCAUUGUUCCACCUCUGAAGGGUCUAAAGGCUAAGGGCCAAUUUAUUGAUGGCAUCAUUUUUCUGACUAUGUACGCCGGCGACCUUUUCUUGUACAAUCCGGCAAUCAAAGAAUUCAAGAUUAUUCCGGCAUCAUGUUAUCAUGCUUGUUUCUGGAGCAUGGUGGGAUUUGGAUAUGAUCUCAAAUGUAAAGAUUACAUAAUUCUAGAAAUUGCGAAUUGUUAUGGUGAGAAUGCUCCUAAAGCUGCAAUUUACACACUAGGCACUGAUUCUUGGAGAGAGAUCAAUACCGAUCACUUACAAACUGAAGAUACCUACUUUUGGCCGACCGCGUGUGAUUUGUACUCUAAGGGUGUUUUCUAUUGGUUUGGUUAUGAGGAAAAGAAGGGCUUGGAUGAAUAUGAAAGAUUUGAGGAGACAAACAAGCAAGUGAUGAUUCUGUAUGAUACAGCAGAUGGGCUAUUUCACAUUGCAAUGCUUCCGGAUAGUUUUAAUGAACCUGCAUGCGGUGUUCAUGAUAUUCAUGUUGCAUUGUUGAAUAAGUCCAUUGCUCUUUAUGGUUUUAGCAUGUUCGAAUCAAUUCAUUCUAUUCAAAUAUGGGUGACGGAUGACAUACGAGGCGGCGAUGAGGGAUCUUGGACAAAAUAUUUGUCCUUAGAGCCUGUAGAUGCUGUUCGGAGGUCAUUGGCCUUUUGGAAGAUAGACGAGGUUCUUAUGAUUGCCAAAGAUGGCCGUGUAGUUCUUUAUAACCUCGUAACCGGAAAGCUCCAAUAUUUUCCCAUUCAUGGCGUGAACCUAGGAGACGAUAUUCAGGGCAUUGUUUGUGUUGAUAGUAUAGUUUCUGUCAAGGGAAAACAAUAA